GCCCGGGGUGGGCCAGGCCAGGUCCGGCUCGGUGGGGUGGGCUGGGGUCGGUCCGUCAAUCAGUCAGUCAAUCAAUCAGUCAUCAGUCAGUCAAUCAAUCAGUCAAUCAAUCAGUCAGUCAGUCACGGAGUUCUGCGCGCCGAGGGAACUGGACACUCAUCGGACCGGACAGACAGCAAGAGCCCUGGGCGGCACCCAGCGCCCCGUCCCUCUGCUCGCACCAGGCCUCGCUUUCCAGGUGUUUCCAUCAUGGAUGAAACUGUGGCUGAAUACAUCCGAAGAACUGUGCUAAAAAUCCCAAGGGAUGAAAUCAAGAUGAUGCUGCAGAAAUGGGGCUUUCUCUCUGAGGCACAGCUGCAGACUCUAAAUUUCCAUCAGAUAAAGGACAACAUUUCCCAAGAAGUUGUUCAGCUCUGUGAGGAAAAUUGUGCAGACAUAAAGCAAGCAGCAGCUCUAGACAUAAUAUACAACCACAUCUACCAAAACAAAAGAAUGUGGAGUGUUUACCAGAUGAAAAAAUCAGGAGAAGAAGCAGAGUAUUUUGACAUAACAGAUUUCAAAAAAAGGUUUAAAAGAAGACUUCGGUCAACCUUGAAAAAUGUCACCAUCACCUUUAAGGAAUAUGAGGAUAAUGCAAUCUGGAUUAGAGUUGCCUGGGGCACACCAUAUAAAAAACCAAACCAGUACAAACCCAGCUAUGUUGUGUACCAUUCACAGACUCCCUAUGUCUUCAUUUCUGCCUCAGUGCUGAAGAGCAACUUACCUCUGCUGUGUCAGGCCCUGAUUGGUGCUACCAAUUACCAUGACAUCCGUGAAAUGGAGCUUCGAAGUCAUUGUUUAAACUCCCUUAAAGAUAUUGUGUUUAAAAGAUAUAGCCAGAACUUCCAAACUCAUACUCCAAAACCUCUGCAAGGAGAUAAUGUAGAACCAGAAAAUGCAGAUAAAAGGAUAGUUCAAGAAAACAGAAGUGAGAAAGAAAGGAUCCACAGAUUGAAUCAGGAAGUUUUUGGUAGUGGUCCCCAACCAAAACUUGAAUUUGCACAAUACAAGCUUGAGACAAGUUUUAAAAGUGAUCCUAAAAUGGAUGUUUUGCAUAAAAAAGAACCAUUCAGAUGUUUGGUCAAGUUUUCUAGUCCACAUCUUUUAGAAUCACUGAAAUCCUUGGCACCAGCAGGUAUGGCUGAUGCACCACUUUCACCACUCCUUACAUGCAUACCACAUAAAGCAAGGAAUUAUUUUAAAAUUAAAGAGAAAAAAGGUUUAUAUCCAGAAAGUUUUGUAAGCCCUUAAUUUAAAACUGAUUCAUAGAGAAAUACACAACGCAUUUAUUACUGGUAUUAAUCUAAAUCAUCAUAAGGAUUUUAAAAAUAAGUUAUUCUCUCUUAAAUUCCUUAAAGUUUUUUCCAAAUUAUGGCUCUGCUUGAAUUAUUUUUCCACAGUUGUCUUUAAUAAAGUUAGCCUUAAGUAAUAAAAAUAGCUAAUUGCAAAAUUAAAGCAGAGAUGAUAGGCAUCUUAAAUUUAAAUGUGAUGACUUCUGUUAACUGUAUUUUAAUAGUAUUUGU